AGGUUUAAAAUGUGGGCUCAUCACUUAAUAAUUCCACUGGUAUUAAUUUCCGUUAGUCACGGUCAUAUUGAUCGAAGUUCUUAUAUACUUGCUCAUUAUAUGAACCUUCUGUCAAUUGGAGAAUCUUGGAUUCUCACUAAUUUUGAUCUCGAUUCGAAUGGAACGUUUUUCCUGGCACAAAACUCCGAAAGACGAAUAGAAUUUGGGUUCAAGAAUAAGACGCUUUACAUGGUGCUUCCAAUAAGCAAAAGCCGAAUACAGUCUAACAACUGGGAAAAGCGAUAUGUAAUCGACUUUGAUAGUAUUGGAAAAAUUGGACGAAAUCUAGAAUUGAUCAUAACUUUUCAAAAUAAUCACAUUCAUGUUUACAAUGGUUGUGAUGAAGUUUAUUCUGAUUUUGAGCCGCAUUUGCAGCUAACAUUGAACCAUCCAUCGCUUCAUAUUGUCGAUAACUGGAAAGGUCCAGAACCGACACAGUUUUUAAUAGGAUCUGGUUGGCCUAUAGGUCAGAAGUGUAAACAUGACGGUGUCAAAAAGAAAUACGCGGAUGCAUACACCGAGAAAAUAGAAAGAAAUUACGAACCGAGUGCAAUCGACGCUAUCAAUGAGAUAUUUUUUGAAACAGUUGUUCAAGUCCCACCAGGAUUCGAUGGUUGUAAGAUCAAUAAUGCUCUUCUCAACAUCAAUGAAACAAAAACUGUCAAUUGCAAUACGUGUACUUGUGUAGAUAGGGAUAAUGUAGUUUGUCAAGCAGUGGAUUGUCCAGCUGUCACCUGCACCCAUCCGAUGAUACGAAAAGAUGAUUGUUGCCCGAGUUGUGGUGAACAGUGUUUUUACGAAAGUCACAAAAUUGCAAACCCUCAUGGAGAAGUUUUCUGGCCAGGAGACUGCUACAGGUGUCAAUGUUGGGAUAAAAAAGUUCACUGUUCAUCCGAAUAUGCAACAUGUGAGCCUCCGAGUUGUCCGGAAGAAGAUUGGGUUUACAAUGAAAAAUUCAAUUGCUGCCCAAAAUGUCGCGAUUUUGCACGUUUCUGUGCAGUGAAACCGUGUCACAAAUACGCUACAUGCACAGAUUCAAAACGUGGGCCAAAAUGCUCAUGCGACACGGGCUUCCAAGGAAAUGGCACGUAUUGCGAAGACAUUGACGAGUGCUCCUUCUCGCAAGACGCCAAGGAACAGCUUGGCGGCUGUCUCUCAGGUUCAACCUGUCGAAACGUACCAGGAAGUUACAAAUGCGACUGUCUGCCUGGUUAUCAAAUGAUCGGAGAAAAUACAUGUCUCCUAUUAAUCCGUGUGUAGUUAAUCUUUUCAUUCAUCGGCUGAGAAGAUUGCCCGUGUAGUGUAUCUUGUUCGAAUAUCACCCUAUCCUCUGAUAGUGGCGCCAAAUACGUGUAACUUAUCUGUAGAAAAAAUCUGCCUUUUUUCAAAUUUGUUAUGUUUUUUCUUCAUUAUAAUGUAAUUACAUUAUGAGAGAAUAUUGGAGUUCCUGGUUUUCCGUUUGGUUUGCAUUGUUUUUUGUCACUUCAUUGUUGUUUUUAAUUGUAGAUCACUUCGUUUUGGGCACAUUUUGAUAAGGAUAAAUUAAUCCAAGCCAGAAAUUUGAAACUUAAAGUUUCUGAUCGUUUGUUCUCUCAAUCUUGAUUUAGAUAAAUGUAGCCAUACUUUUUCCGUGACUUCAACUUCAAUAAUCCAAUUUCGCUCUUAAUUUAAUUGCAAACUUUUUUCAUUUCAUGUGUAGCAUGUAGAGUGCCAAAACACUUACCAAAUCUCGGGGAAACAUUUUUAAUUCACUAAUAAACGUGACAUUGUCAAGAAAAUUAAAUUUAUCUUUGAAUACAAUGUAAAAAUAAAGAUUGAAGAUUUUUAAAAAA